AUGGAUGCAAAGGUAUCGGGAUCAUCGCCUGUUCCUCUUGCCCCUUUUGAUUCACCUUUUGCUGAUGACUAUUUCUCUAUCCAGCCUCAGCGACUUAGUCGUCCUCUUCGUGUACGGGGCGAUGAGAAUCUCGCACCCGCCGUCAACGCUGCCGGGAAAACCCUCCACCACCGCAACAAAUCAACUCCGUCUUUGUCAACGUUGGCUGGACCCAAUGGGGUGAAAAACACUGUUAAACGCACUGCAUUCGGGGAUGUUAGCAAUACAGUAAAUGCUACGCGAUCAAUCAAAGAUGAUACAUCCGUGGCUUCCAAGGGUCUAUUGGGAGUCGUUGAGAAACCAACCGCCUUUUCUCGACCAACACAACGGCCUUUAUCGGUUUCAGGUGCUAAAUUUGCCCUUGUCAAUACCAAUGUGAUCGAUCCAACUGUGAAGAAUUCUUCUUUGGAUAAGCUGAAGGCUAAUCCCCGGAAAGCCUCUAGCAAACGCAAUACCGUGUUCAAAGACCUCGAAUUGCCUUCUGUGGUGGAGUCCGAACCUAUUAGUUCUCAGAGCCACAAGGCUCAAGUCAAGGACACGGAACCGAUUGUCCAACCGGUUGAGUUGUUAGCACCUAUCGCCAGUAAGAGUGCAGUAACGAAUGUGAAUCCGGUUAAUGCUGCUGCGGUUAAGGCGGACCAUCAGAUGAAAUCGGAUCUGCAACAUUCUUCUAUAUCUACUAGCUCCGAUGAUUCUCCUGCCUUGCGAUCAGAUGGAGUAUAUGUUGAAGAGAACGGCGAGAUUAGAGUUUACUCGCGUCAUGAGAAUGCCGAUGAAAUGCCUGAGAAGCCAAAGCCUGUUUCCAAGACAAACCCGAUCCUCACUAGCGAGCCGGAAGUGUUACCUACCAAAGGUGUCGUUACUGAACUCCGCACUAUUCCCUCCGAGAAUCCUUGCCCACCUCGCGUUAGGCACGAUCAUGUACAGCUGCCUUCAGAGCCGGAGGAAUACUGGGACGAAGAGGACGAGGAAAACUUCGAGGAGGAUGGUUAUGUCACCGCUCGUUCCCAUCGGUCUCGUGAUAAUACUACUGGGGGUGCAACUGCUCUUCUAAUACCAAAAGUUACACAAAAGGUAAAGAGAGAGUUGGCCAUUGCGAAGCAGGUUGUCGAAGAAACCCGCACACCAGAAGACAUCGAGGACGAGGCCUGGGAUACUAGCAUGGUUUCCGAGUAUGGAGAUGAUAUAUUCCAGUACAUGAGGGAGCUUGAGAUGAGACUCUUACCAAAUGCCCAUUAUAUGGAUAAUCAAGCGGAAAUCCAGUGGUCAAUGCGAUCUGUACUUAUGGACUGGCUUGUCCAGGUUCAUCAUCGAUUCUCCUUGCUGCCAGAGACACUUUUCCUAUGCGUUAACUACAUUGAUCGAUUUUUGUCAUGCAAGAUUGUUUCCCUUGGCAAGCUGCAGCUUGUUGGUGCUACUGCAAUUUUCAUCGCAGCCAAGUACGAGGAAAUCAACUGCCCGUCCCUCCAGGAAAUUAUCUACAUGGUAGAUAAUGGGUAUAGCGCGGAUGAAAUAUUGAAGGCGGAACGUUUUAUGCUCAGCAUGUUGCAGUUUGAGCUAGGAUGGCCUGGCCCGAUGAGCUUUUUACGACGGAUUAGUAAGGCAGAUGAUUACGACUUGGAGACCCGGACGCUGGCCAAGUACUUUCUGGAAAUUACUAUCAUGGACGAGCGCUUUGUUGGUUGCCCUCCUAGCCUCACUGCUGCUGGUGCCCAUUGUCUCGCGAGAUUGAUGUUAAGGAAGGGGAAUUGGUCACCUGCGCACGUUCACUAUUCGAAUUAUACGUACACUCAGCUGUAUCCUCUUGUUUCACUGAUCCUCGAAUGCUGCGAGGAUCCCUUGAAGCAUCACUCUGCUGUUUUUGAGAAAUAUUCGGAUAGGCGAUUCAAACGAGCCUCUACAUUUGUACAGGGCGAGAUGAUGAAGAACUUUAAACCCCCAGGAGUUGCCCGUGAGGGCUCUGCUGCCUAUCCGAUCAAACUUUUUGAUAACCAUUCCUCAUGGCGCCGGCAGUAA